GCACCCAAAUACGCGCGCGCACUGCGUCUGGCACGUACAGAAGAAGUGAAAGUAAGGUCAACAGAAUAAGUAGGUGUAUUGCUGCCUGCAGUCUGAGCUCUAUAACUCCUGUCCGUCCGGUCAUCAGCACCAACCCGUCACCAUGUCUCUGCCCGCCGCCUCCCGGUUGUUCAGGAGCGCUCUGAGGACUCAGCUGGUCCCGGUGGCUAAUUGGUCAUACAAACCUGCUAAACACCAUGUGUCUGUUGGGGAGAAUGCAAUAGCCAUGACAGCCUUGUUCGUCGCCAUUCUGGGUCCAUCCAGCUGGGUACUGGCUCACCUGGAGGACUACAAGACUAAGAAGUAGUAGAAGAAGAAGAAGACCGAGAGCAGAGUAGCAUUCCGGCUCAGAUGAAGAUGCAGACCUGUCAGCCCCCAGGUCUCCGCCUCUCCAUCUGUCUUCUGCUGACGAGACGAGCGACCACUUUCCAGCUUCCUGUGAUGAUGUACAACUGUGCACAUACUGUAUUAACCUCUUACCAAUAAAACCAUGUUCCUUAUA